GCCACUCGUAAGUCACCACGAUGCAUGUAAUAAUCUUAUAUUUAUCUAUAUUUCCAUAAAUUUUAAUAAAAUUUGAUAUCUUACACACUUAACAGUUAACUAGACACAUAGUAAGUAUACAUAAUGCACUCGGUCGGUUCCAUGGAAUUGGGCAUAGGUGCCGGGACGGAGAAGGAUGACGUUCGUAUUGCACUGUUCGAUUGCGCGUAGGUAUAAUUUUGACGAGAAAAACGCGGUCGUGCCUUAUAUAAUAUAAUACGAUGGUAUAUUAUACCAUUACACGUCAUGAUAAUAUAUCAUUAUUAUAUAUCUAACGAACCUAUAUAUGUAUGAAAAUAAUGUAGAAUAAUAUAAUGGUAACACCGCGGCGGUGGCGGUUGGACAAUGACCGCGGUUCCGUUAUGACCGUGGAAACCCCGCCGAGCGCCGCCGCCACCGCAGUUUUCUCGACGGAAGAGGUAUUCAAAACCUGUAAAAAUACGGUUUAUUUAUUUUCGUACGAUUUUUUUUUUCCGUCGUUCGAUUGUUCGUUCCAUUAUUUCGCUCGCGAUCGUUGUGGCCGCCGAUAGGAAAACGAACGAAAAAAAAAUACACACCUAGAAUAACGAUUAUAGAACGAAUUAUAAUAAGUAUACCAGCAGCAGCUGCGCUAUACCUAUAUAAUGCCUUCCUCCGUCGUCAUCGUCGUCUAUAGUUAGUAUUGUUGUGCAUUGGAAAUAAUUUCGUUUUACCGUAUUAUGCUUGGCAUAAAUCACGUAGCACACCUCCCCACCACCUGCACAGCCACUACCGCCGCCCUGCCGACGACGACGAAUAGUCGCUCGGAGAGCACACGACGCGCGCGGCCAACGCUGACAGUUUACGCGCACGUGUCGUACGGGAUGGUCUCCAAUGUCGUCGUCGUCGUGUGACGUUCUCGUACAGUACAAUAACAACAAUUUAAUAAUUUAUUCUUAUGUGUGUUUGUGUGUGGGAGAUUAUCACAACAUUACAGUAAAGUUAUAAUAAAAUUAUUAUUUUCGUAUUAAUAUUUAUUAUCCGCUUCGUGUGCGCGUGUGACGGCAGCGUAUCCGACGACAACCCAGCCGGUCCUAGUUGUAAUAACUCGAUAUUAUUAUAAUAUCAGAAAAUAAAUUUGAUAUUAUUAUUAUAUUGAAUGGGGAAGAUGUCUUCGGGCACCACGGCUGCCGCCGCAGCCGCCGACGAGAGGACGAUGACCGCAAAGGAUAUCCGCCUCCAGCUUAACGAACAUCUACGAUGUCUGGACAGCCGAGUCGAAGCACAAGUAUCCUUGGUAUCCGAACUUCAAGAUUACUUCAGAAGGCGGGCCGAGGUAGAAAUGGACUACAGCAAAAGCCUGGAUAAAUUAGCUAAGAGCUUACAACUUCGCCACAAAGAACAAAAACAAAAGAGAGAACAGUGGUCGUUGUUUACCAGCUACUCGUGUUGGCAGCAACUGGUGUUGCAAACAAAAAAUCUCAGUAAAGAUCACGGAGCGCUCAGUGAGCUUUAUUCCACUCAUCUAGUCAGCCGAUUGUCUCAGGUCACUGAAGAUGUGCAAAGGAUAUACAAAAGAUGCCGGGAGAUUUGUUAUGAAAUCCACGAGGAAAUAUUACGGGUUCUCCACGAACUGCAUACCACCAUGAAAACGUAUCAGUCGUAUCAGACGGAAGCCAAACAGGCAGAAGCGAAGCUUAAAGUGGCUGAAAAUCAAAGACUGAAAAUCGAACAGGCAGUUCCUAAAGAAAAACUCGAUAAGUCAAAAAAAGUUAGACUUAUCGGGAAAGAAGUUCAAAAAAGAAAGAACAAAUACUUCGAUGCCAAACUCAAAGCAUUGAAAGCUCGCAAUGAGUACAUUCUGUGUCUGGAAGCAACCAAUAGCACCGUGCACAAAUACUUUGUCGACGACUUAUCCGAUCUAAUGGACUGCAUGGAUUUUGGAUUUCACCACUGCGUGACCAAAGCUUUAAAGAUGCAAACAUCGGCGGAAGAAGGCCGCAUUCAUUCCAUGCAAGCUGGACUAGACGCUACUAACCUAAUUGUCUCAGCUAUGGACUCCGGUGUGGACAAACAACGAUUUUUAGAAUUUAACCACACUGCGUUCAUGAUACCUAAGAAAUUUGAAUUCCAAGGGCAAAAGGAUGAGUAUGCGGAACCAGAAUUGCAAAAAUUGCUCUGUGCUGAUAUGGAGACGAGGUUGGAACAGCUGAAUCAGAGAGUUACGAGCCUGCACACGGAAUCGGACGAGGUGUGGAAAACACUCGCCACCGCUGAAAAAACUCUUUUGGAGAUGCUUACUGCCAACGACUACGACUGUAGCAAUUAUUUCGGCGAAAAAGCUAUUCCGACAAGCAAACCACCGGAAACCAUUAGUAUUAAGUUGCGAGCAGACAAACACGAGACUGAAGAAUUUUAUCUAACCAAACUACGCGAUUAUCUCAUGAGAACGAGUCGAAUCGUACGUCUAGAUGCCAAACAGCAGCACAUUAGCGAAACGUUAACGUCCAUAUGUUGCAAGCGUCCCCAAAAUGGCAACGUCGAUUCGACGCCCGCUAAACUGACACCUCAGCGACCGUUGCACAAACCGAUUGUCCGGAGGAAGAGGAUCGGCAGGUUACAGAUGAACGGUCAACCAAAACUAUUUGGCGGGUCACUGGAAGAAUAUUUGGAUGCGACGAAUCAAGAGAUACCGCUGGUAAUCAAGAGCUGUAUUCGAGUGAUAAACUUAUACGGUCUUCAUCAUCAAGGAAUCUUCAGAGUGUCCGGUUCACAGGUGGAAAUCAACAAUUUUAAAGACGCGUUCGAGAGGGGCGAAGACCCGCUUGCUGAUAUGACGGACGCCUCUGACAUAAACUCCGUGGCCGGAGUGUUGAAAUUAUACUUACGUGAACUCCGAGAACCUUUGUUCCCAAUUAUUUAUUUCGAUCAAUUUAUGGAACUUGCCCAACUCGAAUCACGUCAUAAAUUUGUUUUGAAGAUUAAAGAACUCGUUCAAAGCUUUCCAAAUCAAGUGGUUGUCAUGUUGAGAUAUUUAUUUGCGUUCCUAAACCAUUUGUCGGAGUUCAGUGACGAAAACAUGAUGGAUGUUUACAAUUUGGCCAUUUGUUUUGGUCCGACGUUAGUGCCGGUCCCCGAAGAAAAAGACCAAGUUCAGUACCAGAACCUGGUCAACGAUCUCAUAAAAAAUAUUAUUCUAUUCCACGAAGACAUAUUCCCGUCGCUGUCGGAUAUCGGUGGGCUUGUGUACGAAAAGUACAUAUCCCGUGAGCCCGAUGACGUGGACGUGGGCGAUUCACCUUCUGACCAUACCACAGAGGACAUCGACUCUGAGGUUUACCCAUCAGAAGACGAAUGUGAAAGUCUCGAGGCUACAGCACAGCAUGAUUUUGUUGCUCGAUCAGAACGGGAAUUAAGUUUCAAGAAGGGUGAAACUAUUGCUCUUCAUACACAAGUUUCUGGAGAUUGGUGGCGUGGUUGUGUCAACGGACGAGAAGGUCUUAUACCAGACAAAUAUAUACUUCUUAAGAUCAGGGAUGAAGAACGCGAGAAACCUGCGGCCGAACCCUGCGCCAAGUCCAUCACGUCCUCAGACGAUUCGACCAGACGGCGGACGUCCAGCUCCAACGACUCGGUGCUGUCCGAGUCCGCUGCUUCCGGUUACUCGUCGCCGCCGCUGGCCGACGUUCCGUGGCCACCGAACUCGGCGGGCUCCGGGACAGUGGCCAGUGGCCGGAACUCGGCGUCGUCUUCGCCCCACCGCCGGGCCGUAGCCGACGCGCCCACUCACGAGAUGGGCAGCACCGACAGCUUGGACUCGGGCAAAGACUCGGCGUUGGACUCUGAGUCGCCACUGCACGAGGGCAUCCCGAGGGCCGUCGCCCCGUGCAAGCAGCAGCUGCCGAUCGCGGAAGGACGUCGGAAGAGAGCGGAAAACUACUCGGCGUCAUCGCCGCCACCUGUAGCGGCCCGCGAACAUCACAACCGGUCCAAGUCGGCGGACUGCUGCGGCGUCGGCGGCGGGGACGAGGACGGUUCGCGGGCCAGGACGCACGCCAAGAGCCUGAGCCUGGGCGACGACUCGUUCGACCACAAGAUCCAGCUGUGGCGGAAGCGGGCCGACUCGCAGGGUUCCAUCGACCGAAAGCCGCUGCCCGCCGUCCGGCAUCAGCUCCAGCAACACGCCACUGACAUGAAGGGUACCGGUGGCGCCCCCGAUCUGGUCAUGGACCUUCCGGCCAGGAAUCCCGGUGGUGGAGCAGCUCCGCAGGACGCGUCCGUGGUUCCGACCCAAGAACCCGACAGCCCGGACAUGGGCACGGCCGCUGAGCGUUUCGCCAAGCAGAACCAGUGCACGUUGAAGAAGUACAGCAAACCGUUGCCCGCGGUGCCGCAGCUGACCAACGGUGGCGGCGACAAGCCCGAACUUCCGCCCAAGUCGACCAAGCCUCCACUCAAGGCCAAGCCGCAGAUAUUCAAAAAACCAGUCUUCCUUGCGGCCAGCAAGGCGUGCAACGACGGGCCAUCACCACCACACCACCCUUAGUAGUACCUAACCAUACCUACCAUGUAUGACCGCAACCGGUGGUGUAACUUCCGGUUUUAGUUUCCGAAACUCGUAACGUCCUCCCUCACACAAAAUAUAUUGACAUAUUUGUACGACCGCCGACAACUAAUAACAAUAAUAAAAUCUACUUAAUUCCUUGUGUAUACCAUUUAAGUAGGGGUACCUAUCCACACUCUAGCAACUGUGAUCUGUGAUCCUUCUUAGUUACGCGACUGUGCGACCACUCGUCGACCCACCCCUAACUAUAUAUGCAAAUUAGUAUAUACUAUCAAUGUGUUGUCCAGUCAAAUCCGAUGGGGAAAUACUUUUGACAUACAACGGUCGUCCCUGCAGUAUCAACAUUAUAUAAUAAUAUUAUAAUACCUACUUGGCUACUUCACCUGCAGACGUGAUAGUUUUAUACAUUAUCCACGAUAGCAUUGUACUCGUAUAAUGAAAUAAUAAAAUUUAUAAUCUUUGAUAAACGGUCAUUCCUUUUUAAUAUCAUUCUUUUUUAAAAUAUUAAUAAUAUAUUAUGAUAUAUAUAUAUUUAUUUAAACAUUAUUUUUUAAUCGAUAUUAUAUUAUUAUACUAUAUAUUAUAUUACUACAA